AUGAAGUUAAUUUCAAGUGUUCUCGUACUUUGCAUAUUUUCCGUGGUUCACAUUGAAUGUAUUCUCCAAGGGAAUAAAAUAAACAUACAAAACGCACCGUAUCUCGUGUCAAUUCGUGAUGAAAAAGCGGAAUACAUUGCUGGUGGAUCAAUCAUAUCUUCCCGUUUGAUAUUGACAUCGGCACGAGCCCUUGACAAUCAUAACGAGCCAAAGAAUAUCAGUGUACUCGCUGGAACCGAAGUUCUUAAAGGAGAAUCCGGCACUAUGUUGACGAUUGAAAAAAUUGUGAAACAUGAGGAUGAUAUUGCUUUGCUGCGAACAUCGGAAGAAAUAGUUUUUUCUGAUAAAAUUCAACCAAUUCGAAUUCCAACAUUUGAUCUCUAUUCAGAGAAGUCUCCACUAACCGAUGGUUUCACCGUAAUUGGGUGGGGAAAAGAAAGAAAUGAGGACAAACUUAAUUAUACCUCCGAAUUGAAAGCAAGCCAAUAUCCAGUAUUGGAUAACAAGAACUGUAACUUGCGAUUGAAGGGAGCUCAUUCGCAAUUUGUGCCAUCAGUUGAUGACAACAAAAUCUGUACAGAACAAAAUUUACCAAAUAAUGGUAUCUGUUCAGGAGAUAUAGGUUCACCAUUGACAUCAGGUAACUUUUUGGUUGGAAUUGCUUCUUGGUACCAUGCAGCUCCAUCAAAUGCUACGCCCGCUAAAUAUACUUGUGGCAACGGAUACCCAAAUGUUUACACCAACGUCUACCAAUACCGUGAUUGGAUCGCAAAAGGUGAUGGAAAUGCUAUCCGUGCUGCAAGCUUCGUAUUGAUUGCUUUUGGAGCUACGCUCAUUUCCAUUCUCUAUGGUGGUGUUAUCAUAUCGGAAAUUCUUCCAUUGGAUUCGUCAUGUACUUUUUCUUUAAACAUGAAAUCGAUUUCAAGUGUUCUCAUGCUUUGCAUAUUUUCCGUGUUCCACAUUGAAUGUAUUCUCCAAGGCGACAUAAUAAACAUACAAUCACACCCGUAUCUCGUGUCAAUUCGUAAUGAUAAAAAUGUUCAUAUUGCUGGCGGAUCGAUUAUAUCUUCUCGUCUGAUAUUGACAUCAGCCCGGAUCCUUGACGAUAUCGAUCCUAAAUCCCUCAAAGUAGUCGCUGGAACCAAUCAUGUUACAAUAGGAGGCAUCACCUUUAGCGUUGAAAAUUACGCAAAACAUGAGGAUGACAUUGCUUUGCUGCGAACAUCAGAAGAAAUCGUUUUUUCAGAUUCAAUUCAACCAAUCAGGAUUGUAACAGCCGAUCUCAAUAAAUUUGAGGAAAGAGUAUUCGAUGGUGUUGUAGCCGGAUGGGGAAAAACAAAAAAUGAGGACAAAUUCAAUUACACCUCCGAAUUGGUAUCGAAAAGCUAUCUGCUAUUAGAUACUUUGAAUUGUGAAUUGCGAUUGAAAGAAGUUGAUUCGAAAUCAGUGCCCGAAAUUGAUGACACCAAAUUGUGUACGGAACAAAAUUUACCAAAUAGUGGCAUCUGCACAGGAGAUAUAGGUUCACCAUUGUCCUAUGGUAGAGGUGGCAUUUUGCUUGGAAUUGCUUCAUGGUUCCAUGUAGCUCCAUCAAAUGCUACGUCGGCUAAAUACACUUGUGGCAACGGAUACCCAAAUGUUUACACCAACGUUUACUCAUACCGUGAUUGGAUCGAAAAUCCUUCUUGGGCCGCGAAAGGUAAUGGAAAUGCCAUCCGUGCCACAAGCUUCGUGUUGAUUGCUUUCGGAGUUACGCUCAUUUCAAUUUUCUAAUUGCAUAGUACAAUGUGUUUAGUUCUGUUGUAAAAUUGACUAACAGACUAGCAACAGUUUUUCGAUGUUGAUAUUGGCUCUUUGUUCUCUAAUAAAAAAAACCAUCAAAAGAUA